AUGGGUAGUGCUAGUAGUAAAACGGGUGAUGUGAACCCGAAGAAUCUCGGUGCAGACCCGAACGAUCCGAAUGCGUUCCCAGUGCAUCAUCAUCCAUACUAUAGCAAUCAACCAGGCCAUGGACAGACGCAACAGGGAGGAGGAUAUGAUAAUAUUGAAUACGGGAAGCAUCCACUGCCACGACAACAAUAUUACGGACAAGAGCAGGACCAUACGGAGGCUAUGGACGUGGACUUACCGACUGAUUCCACCUCGGACAUGGACGGAGAAAUGGACUCCUCUUUGCAAUUGGAUGUAAAAGACACGGACAAUAGCAAGGGGAAGAAUAUACAAGCAUCAGAUACGACAUUACCACCGAGGGAAGAUGUUGUACCGAUGGUGUUCAAGUGGGAGCAUGGAGGACGGAAUGUGUUUAUCACGGGCACAUUCAAUGGUUGGGACAAGCAGUGCCCGAUGCACCGAUCUGGCAAUGAUUUUACAUACAUUGCUAAUUUAACACGGGGGAAACAUAUGUACAAGUUUGUCGUGGAUGAUGACUGGCGGUUUGCACCCGAUCAAUUGACAAUGGCAGAUGUGGAAGGCAAUGUGAAUAACUACGUGGACGUGUCGGAAUUUGCACCAUUGUCGGAUUUUGACGGCAAGAAUAAAUUGCAAGAAGAUGAUGAGGAUCCUGAGAACCCGUACUCGCGAUAUAUUCCUGAGAUCGACGAGUACACGAAGGAACCACCUCCACUUCCACCACACUUGCGGCACAUUAUCUUGAACAAGGCGCCGCCGACCGUUGAUGGUCGAUUGUUACCUGUGCCUCAGCAUGUGGCGCUCAAUCAUCUCUACUGCACCGCAAUCAAGGAUGGCAUGAUGGUGCUUGGCAUCACUAAUCGCUACAAGCAAAAGUUCGUGACCACCGUUUAUUAUAGCCUCAUGCCUGGUGCCAACUAG